AUGUUGAAGGAGGAAGAAAGUCAAGAACAGAGCAGUGAGAUAAAGGAAAACAUGGCAUCCAGAACAGAAUACUAUCUUGAAUCACUCAUAACUGAUGCUUUUAAGGGAAAGGGAUUUCAGAAAAUAAAUGAACUGUUUGAAGAAAAAGAAAUUUACCCUCCUCAAAAAUACAGCAAACAAUUGUUUAACCAACUUGACAAAGUGCUGAAAAAGGAGUUGGACAAGAAUGAAUUCCAAAAUGUUUCCCUGUUGUUGAAAUGCAUUCAGCUGUACUUUAAAAGUGAUCCUCAAGAAGGGGCAAGCUUGCUUAUUCAGCAAGGACUGAUACCAAAGAUGGUAUCUUGGUUUGAAAGAGCAAGAGAAUUUUUGAUUCUCAUAGAGCCAGAACAGAAUAAAUCUCUGCUGAGACUUGUGGAAGAUUUCUUUGACUCUGCAUUGGUUAUUUGCAAAUGCAACAGUGAAGGAAAGAAACAGUUGCUGGAUUCAUUCUUACCUGACCUAGGACAGCUAGUGACUGAAACAAAUGUUGGCUGUGCACUUCGGCAGGAGGCUUUGAGGACUCUGAACUCUAUGCUGGACAGUGUACCACGAGAAGAGAGAAGAAAAUUUCCUAUGUCUGAAGAAAUGUGUUCGCUUACGAAAGAUCUGGCAAAAACAAUUCUGGAGGUUGGUGAUUAUGACCUUCAGGUUGCUCUUUCGGAAGCACUAUGUAGACUGAUAACAAAAAAAUGGAGGGAUGACCUUGUUCACAACUGGUUUGAAGAUGAUUAUCUUGCUGAAGCUUUCAAAGAGAUAAAGGAUAGAGAAUUUGAGACGGACUGCAAAAUUCUCAAUCAACUAAAUGAUAGACUUGGGGAUAAAAAAAGAGUUUAUUCAUUUCCCUGCAUAUCUGCUUUUGCUGACAUGGAGGAGGUGAAGAAGCCAUCAGAUGAGAAAUUGGAGGAGUUUUGGAUUGACUUCAAUGCUGGUAGUCAGAGCGUGUCUUUCUACAUAGACAGCGCUGAGGGUACUCUUUGGGACUCAGUGAGGCUGCCAACGGAAGUGGUCAGUAGUUACAGUCUGAGAGAAGAUAAUGGAGAAAAGAUAGUUAAAAUAUACAUGAAGAACCCUACUAUGAUCAAUUGCAAAGAAGUAACAAAAAUCAAAAUUCACUUCAAUACCAAAUUUGAUAUUUUAAAUACACUCUACGAAGUUUUGGGAAAAGACAAAAUGAUGAUCAAGACCGAUAACGAGGAUCUCAUCAGCACCGAGGAACAAACAAAGCAAAAUGGAACACUAAUAACUAAUGAAUCCAGCUACUUACAGUGGAAGAAAGAUUCUACAAACAUUGAAAAAACAGACUCUUUAUCUGACAUCCUGACAUCUCAAUAUAGUGAUCAAUCACAUAAAACUAGUUCUGGUAUCACUACGAGCAUGGGAAGCCAACAGACUGAAACCGAAGAUGCUAAGCUAAGCCAAGAGUGUGAAGCUGCAGUUUCCCAAAUUCUUUCAGCAAAAAAGUCUAAAACUCCGUCACCUAAACUGAAUGAUAAAACCAGUGAGCCACCCGCAGAAGAACAGCCAGAUAUACAGGUUGUAGAAGAACAUUCCCCAGAGGUCAUUGAAUGGGAGAAGAAAAAUAGAAGAACAAGCUUGGGCAAAGAAAUAAUAGAAGCAAAGAUGAAUUCCUAUGACUUUGAAAAUUCCUCUGACUCUCUGAAUUAUGAGAAGGUUACUGAAGCAAAACAAAAAAUUCUUGGCCAGAAGGUUUCUUUACAAAACCAGAGGAAACAUCUUUUCUCCGAAAGUAAUUGGGACACUGCAAGCAAUAGUCAGAGUGAAAAGAGCUGGAUCCUUGAUUCUCAGAAAAAAUCACUACCAAAAACCCUAGAUUAUACCCGAAGAAGGCCAAGGGUCAGGAGUAAAUUAAAAGUGUUGCCGUUAUCAUCUGCAAGUAGUGGCAGUGAUUACCACACAAAGAAAGUAAGAUGCUAUGUUAAAGCACUUCUUUCAGAUGAUUUGGAAGCAGACGAUCUGACACUACCAUUAAGUGCAUCUUCCCAUGAGUAUUCUGAUGCUGGAGAGAAGAAGAAAUAUGUGGAGGUAUCCAGUAAAUUACCAGGAAAAGAUAAAGUCUCCAAAUUUAAACGAAAAGGUUCAGAUCUGUCACCUGGUGGGGUCGUUAAAAAGCCUAAACUUUCAAGAUGGGAAAUGGGUCAGCCAUCUCCUGGCAUUUCACCUGAGCCAAGAAAACUUUUUGAUUCAAUAGAGAAGAAAAAGGAGAUUCAAACAGGUGGGGAAUUGGAUGAAUCAGAUGACAUCUUUGUCUCCAAGAUACUGCAUGAGGACGUCAGUGAUUCUGGUGUCAUUGCUGCCUUUGAAAGCUUUACCAGCCAACUAACAAAAACUUUCUGGUCUAGGUACAAAAGAAUGGAGAUUUGUGCAAAGAAUGCUUUGAAGACAUCUGAAGAACGUGUGUCAGCUUUAUUAAAUCAGAUACAUCAAUGCAGACUGAAUAAAUUGGAGAACUUCCACAAGGUUGUUGUCCAAGAACUUGCCAAUCUUGAGAAGGAUGCUCAAAUUUUAUCCAUCCUUGAGAAGGACACAGUGGACUUUUGGAAUAAACAGUCCAUCAAACUGAGCUCUUUCUGUAAUCAUCAAAAGCAAAGGAUUCAGUCUAUGGAUUCAGUAUUGGAAGAAACUACAAGGAGUUUUAAAGAUACACUACAAAAUACAAAGUAUGAACAUCCACAGGAGAAAGUGGAAGAAAAUAGUAAGGUGUUCGUUGUUGCUUCUGAUUAA